GCUCACUUCCAAGUUGACAGCAAUCCAGAUGGAGCAGAUUUAGAAAGGAUAGCAAACAUUACUGGAUUGAGCAAGCGAGUAACCCAGGUUUGGUUCCAGAACUCAAGAGCACGUCAAAAGAAAUUUCAAGGCAAUAGAAAAUCUUGCGAUGUUAUGCUGGAAAGCAUUCGUUCAGCUGAAGGUCCUGUGAGCCCCAGUCAAAAAAGCGAGGCUAGCAGUGAUGGAAUUUUCCCUACCUCUGUCAUGACGAGCGCAGAAGAGGCCAUGACUGAUUCUACCGUCGUGCUGGCUUCACAACACUAUGACUAA